CGGGACGCGCCGGGCGCAGCGGAGCGGGAGGGACGGACGGACGGACGGACGGACGGACACACGGCCGCCGGGGACACACACACGGCCGGCGGGGACACCGCGCACCGCCACCGCAGCCUCGUCCGACCGCGCGGGGGGAACGGCCGCCCGCCCUCCGCCCGCCGCGAUGCCGCGGCUCGCCGCGCUGCCCUGGACCUUGGCGUUGCUGGGAGCCGCAGCCUCUCUACAAGUGGACAUCGUUCCGAGCCAGGGGGAGAUCAGCGUUGGAGAAUCCAAGUUCUUCUUAUGUCAAGUGGCAGGGGAGGCCAAGCACAAGGACAUCUCGUGGUUCUCCCCGAACGGGGAGAGGCUGUCGCCGAACCAGCAGCGCAUCUCGGUGGUGCGGAACGAUGACUUCUCCUCCACCCUCACCAUCUACAACGCCAACAUCGACGACGCCGGCAUCUACAAGUGCGUGGUCAGCAGCGCCGACGAGGGCGACUCCGAGGCCACCGUCAACGUCAAGAUCUUCCAAAAGCUGAUGUUCAAGAACGCUCCCACCCCCCAGGAGUUCAAGGAAGGGGACGAUGCUGUGAUCGUGUGUGACGUGGUCAGCUCGCUGCCUCCCACCAUCAUCUGGAAGCACAAAGGCAGGGAUGUCAUCCUGAAAAAAGAUGUGCGGUUCAUAGUCCUGUCCAACAACUACCUGCAGAUCCGGGGCAUCAAGAAGACGGACGAGGGGACGUACAGGUGUGAGGGGAGGAUCUUGGCUCGGGGGGAGAUCAACUUCAAGGACAUCCAGGUCAUUGUGAAUGUACCUCCUUCUGUGCGUGCCAGGCAGAGCACUAUGAAUGCCACUGCCAACCUCAGCCAGUCUGUCACCUUGGCAUGUGAUGCUGAUGGUUUUCCUGAGCCAACCGUGACGUGGACAAAGGAUGGAGAGCCCGUGGAGGAGGCUGAUGAUGAGGAGAAAUACAGCUUCAACUACGACGGCUCGGAGCUGGUCAUCAGGCAGGUGGACAAGAGCGACGAGGCCGAGUACAUCUGCAUCGCUGAGAACAAGGCAGGGGAGGCAGAUGCCACCAUCCACCUCAAAGUCUUCGCAAAACCCAAAAUCACCUAUGUGGAAAACAAAACAGCCAUGGAGCUGGAGGAUCAGAUCACCCUGACCUGCGAGGCCUCCGGGGACCCCAUCCCUUCCAUCACCUGGAGAACCUCCACCCGCAACAUCAGCAACGAGGAGAAGGCUUCGUGGACCCGGCCCGAGAAACAAGAGACCCUGGACGGGCGGAUCAUCGUGCGCAGCCACGCGCGGGUGUCGUCGCUGACGCUGAAGGAGAUCCAGUACACGGACGCGGGGGAGUACGUGUGCACCGCCAGCAACACCAUCGGCCAGGACUCCCAGGCCAUGUACCUGGAAGUGCAGUAUGCCCCCAAGCUCCAGGGCCCCGUGGCUGUGUACACCUGGGAGGGAAACCAAGUGAACAUCACCUGUGAGGUGUUUGCCUACCCCAGUGCUGUCAUCUCCUGGUUCCGGGACGGGCAGCUGCUCCCCAGCUCCAACUACAGCAACAUCAAGAUCUACAACACUCCCUCAGCAAGUUACCUGGAGGUGACCCCAGACUCGGAGAACGACUUUGGGAACUACAACUGCACUGCAGUGAACCGCAUCGGCCAGGAGUCCUCCGAGUUCAUCCUGGUGCAGGCAGACACUCCGUCCUCCCCGUCCAUCGACAGAGUGGAGCCCUAUUCCAGCACUGCCCAGGUGGAGUUUGAUGAGCCUGAAGCCACUGGUGGUGUUCCCAUCCUCAAGUACAAGGCAGAGUGGAGGGCCCUGGGCGAGGGAGAGUGGCAUUCCAGGUUGUAUGAUGCAAAAGAAGCCAACGUGGAGGGCACCAUCACCAUCACUGGCCUGAAGCCUGAGACCACCUACUCGGUGAGGCUGUCUGCUGUCAACGGCAAGGGCGUGGGGGAGCUGAGCCUGCCCUCCGAGUUCAAGACACAGCCAGUCCGCAUCCCUCACCCACGGGAACCCAGCGCUCCCAAGCUGGAAGGGCACAUAGGAGAGGAUGGGAACUCCAUCAAAGUGAACGUCAUCAAGCAGGACGACGGCGGCUCCCCCAUCAGACACUACCUGAUCAAGUACAAAGCUAAGCAUUCCUCGGAGUGGAAGCCGGAGAUCAGGCUCCCGUCGGGCAGCGACCACGUGAUGCUGAAGUCCCUGGACUGGAACGCCGACUACGAGGUCUAUGUGGUGGCAGAGAACCAGCAGGGCAAGUCCAAACCCGCCCACUACGCCUUCAGGACGUCUGCCCAGCCCACUGUCAUCCCAGCGACCUUGGGAAGUCCAUCAACGUCGUCCUCCUUUGUUUCAUUGCUUCUCUCUGCAGUGACUCUGCUUUUGCUCUGUUAGAAACUUAAAAAAGAAAAUGAAAUAAAGCAAUAUUUGCUUGAAAAGGUCCCACCAAGGUGUGAAAGCAGAUAACUUUGCUUCAGAGGAUCAUGUCAGUUCAGAGAAAAAAAAAAAGAAACAAACACAGAACACUUUAAAAAAAAAUGUUUAAUUUGAAAGAGUCAGUAUUUUGUAACAAGGAAAAAAAGGUUUAAGCCGAGUUUUUUCUCUUUAACAUUUUUUUUUUUGUUACUUGUAAUGAAUUUGCCCUUUUUAAUGGAUGUAAAGAAAGAAUUUUUUUGGUGUUGUUUGCUUGCUCUUUUCAUCAAAGGAAGGUACAAUGGUGAAAGCCUUUAAGAUUCUGCUUUUUACUGAUUUCUCUGCACAUCUGGUGCUGACCAUCACUGUCUUGUGCAAAAGGCUUUCUAAAGGCCCAGCCACGAGUCUGAACCUGCAGAUUCUAAAGAGAAACAGAAGAUUUGUCUGAGACCAUCCUGCUGCUUGCCCGAGGGUCUCGGGGGGCUUUGGCUCGUGGACUCCCAGUUGUGGCCAGCAGAAGGUUCUCCUGAGGUGCUGAGUAGGAACCUGGGGUGGGAAUCACACUGAGGAAAUUCCUGUUUCCAUUCCCCCUGGCCCUGAGCCCCUGGGAGCACCCUGGCCCUGGGGUGCAGGCAGAGCUGGGCACGAGGCAGCCCCUGCCCCCAGAGCUGCACUGGGUGCUUGUCUAACACCUCCUGGUCCCCACUGCUGCAUUGCCACCCUCCCAGACAUCCCCUUCCCUGCCACUUUAACAGAAAAGCUUAGUUACCUGCCCAGCUAAGUUAUUGUUAUUAUUAUAACCACUGAUCCUCCAUACUGUUGCUGGUUAACUGUGCAUGUGACACUGCCAGGCAGGGUUAUUAAUCCACGCUGUGAACUGCUGCAACAGGAGCAUCUUUGCUGCCAGCUGCUGGGUGUUGCAUUUCUGCAUUUGAGCAAAUUCCAGGUGACUUUUUUUUUCCUUUGCUCCUUACUUUUUAAAAAAACCCCCAACACCAUGCCCCCCCCCAAAAAAAACCCCACACCAAAAAAUCCAACCCAACCCCAAACCCAGUGCCCCUCAUGAAUUUUCUUGGUGAUGGGAAAUCCCUUUGGCUCUAAUGCUCUUCUGUAAAUGGGGUCUCUCCUUUCUGAGUGGGGCUGAGGUGGCCAGGGAUGAAAUAUGUUGACUCAGUUGUUGAACUGUCUGUACAGAAUGUCUCAAAUGCUCUUGGCUGGAUGGGAUUAAUCUCUCUAACAGAAUCCUUUUAGGGACAAACAAAACCCUGCCCGCAGUCGUUUUCUGCUCUGCUGUGUUUAUUCAGACCUUGUUCAUCAUGAUUUGUGAACUGCUUUUCUACCUAAAUUAUAAAUGAAAAACUUGGUGCAGGUGUCGCACAUAAAAGCCUGUGGAUUUCUCUUUUUUUUUUUUUUUUAGAAAACCCUCAUUUUCAGUGUUUUAGAGCGUAGAGAACGUGUUACAUCUUCUGAGUUUACACCUUAGUGGUACUGAAAAGUAAAUCACUGUGAAGUGAUUACAGCAAAGUAAUCAUAAUACUAAAAAGUGGUGUGGUUUCCCCUAUAACUGAGCUAAUCAAGGUCAUUUGUAGCUCUGCUGUCAGCUCUUUGUGGGUCUCCCCUCCUCUGCAGAGGGAGGUUGUUAGCUGAGGCUGAGAUGGAUCUCACCCAAGUCACAGUUAUUAAAAUUACCUUGGAUGAACUCUAACUUGACAGUGUGGUGUGGAGAGAGAGCAGCUCUGGGGAGGUUGUUCUGGCCAAGGAGAGGUGCCUUGGGCAGGGGGGGUUUGAGGGGCUCCUCUGCCAGACAGGCAGGUGAGAGAGCGUUUCUGUGGCUGAAGUUACUUAGAAUUAAUCUCCUGUUCAACAGCAAACAGGAGUCUGGGCAGCAUAGAAUGUAUGCAGGAAGGGCUCCUUUCUCUUGGAAAGCUGAGGGGUUUGGGGUGACCUGCUGGUGCCUGGAGGGGCUGCAGGGAGGGUGCAGAGAGACAAGAGUGGCAGAGCCCAGGGAAUGGUUUCCCUCUGCCAGAGGGCAGGGUUGGUGGCAUGUUGGGGAGGAAUUCCUGGCUGGGAGGGUGGGAAGCCCUGGCACAGGUUGCCCAGAGGAGCUGUGGCUGCCCCUGGAUCCCUGGAAGUGUCCAAGGCCAGGCUGGAACAACCUGGGCUGGUGGAAGGUUUGAGGGCAGGAGGCUGUAAAACCCCUCACCCCUCCUUCCAGGGACACUCAGAUCAAAGUGGCAUCCACGGAGAACAAAGAGCUUCUCUCCUGGGUUCGGGGGGGUUUUUGGGUGGUUUUUUUUUUUCUGAUGCAUGAAAUGAAUUUUUAUUUGUUUUGUUUCUUGCCAAAUCCUGUGGGACUUCUGAAAUGCCUGGAAUCAUACCUGCUCCUCUCCAUCCCUUUCUGUCUCCUUGUCUGCCUGUGCCUGAACAUUCCCUAGCUGAGACCCCACUAGGAAGACACAGCUGAGCUCUCUCUGGCAGUGUCUGUACAGCUGAGCUGCAGAAAGGAAAAUCCGUGGGUCAUUUUGUUGUACACUGUAAAAUGAGGGUGUUAGAAAAGUCAGUCUUGCAGGAAGCUCAUUUUCCAUUGGAAAAAAAAAUUAAUUUGUAAUUAAUAAAUUCUUCACUUCUUUAGAA